AUGCCACUCUGGGUGUUCUUUGUGAUCCUUACCCUCACCAGUGGCUCCCACUGCUCACCGCCCCCCUCCAGGAUGCAGCGACAUGCAGAUGCCAUCUUCUCCAGCAACUACAGGAGACUCCUGAGCCAGAUAUACGCCCGCAAGGCGAUCCAUGACAUCAUGAACAGGCAGCAAGGGGAGAGGAACGAGGAACAAAGAACCAGGUUCAGCCGCCGGGUGGACAAUGUGUGGGCAGAGGACAAGCAGUUGACCCUGGAGAGCAUCUUGCAGGGAUUCCGAAGGAUGAAGCCUUCAGCGGAGGCUUGAGCGCCCUAGCCCCCAGACACACCUGUACCCCCGUUACUUCUCCUUCAGUCCUGACCUUUAC